GAGGCCAGGCGGAGAGACAGAAACAGGAAAGCCAGAGCCUCUCCACGAGCCGGGAGACGGAAGGGCAAACAGGCCACCAGUGAGGACGAAGACGAAGAGGAAGAUCAGGACAAGGCACGGAGGAAGAGGGCUCGUAAGAAGAAAGCCAGGACCCAGGACAGCGAGGAAGAGGAGGAGGAAGACGACAGAAGCGUCAAGCGGAAGGGCACAAAGGCUCCGGGCAGAAAGAAAAAGGCAGUCAAGGAAGAGAGCGAGGAGGAGAGCGAGGAGGAACAAGGAAAGAAAAAGAAAGGCAGAAAAGUGACUAGCAAGAAGGGGAAAGACGAGCAGAACAAGGAGAAGAAGGGCGAUGCCAAAGGGAAAGGGGGGAAGGACAAGAAAAAGAAGAAUGGAAAGGACAGCAGGUGCAGUAUCCUUUGACAGGGCCAUCUCUCUCACAUGCAGUACCAGUCAAAAGUUUGGACACACCUACUCAUUCAAGGGUUUUUCUUUAUUUUGACUAUUUUCUAUGUUGUAGAAUAAUAGUGAAAACAUCCAAACUAUGAAAUAACACAUAUGGAAUCAUGUAGUAACCAAAAAAGUGUUAAACAAAUCAAAAUAUAUUUUAGAUUUUAGAUUCUUCAAAGUAGUCACCCUUUGCCUUGAUGACAGCUUUGCACACUCUUGGCAUUCCCUCAACCAGCUUCACCUGGAAUGCUUUUCCAACAGUCUUGAAGGAGUUCCCACAUAUGCUGAGCACUUGUUGGCUGCUUUUCCUUCACUCUGCGGUCCAACUCAUCCCAAAUCAUCUCAAUUUGGUUGAGGUCGGGUGAUUGUGGAGGCCAGGUCAUCUGAUGUAGCACUCCAUCACUCUCCUUCUUGGUCAAAUAGCCCUUACUCAGCCUGGAGGUGUGUUGGGUCAUCGUCCUGUUGAAAAACAAAUAUAGUCCCACUAAGCGCAAACCAGAUGGGAUGGCGUAUCGCUGCAGAAUGCUGUGGUAGCCAUGCUGGUUAAGUGUGCCUUGAAUUCUAAAUAAAUCACAGACAGUGUCACCAGCAAAGCACCCCCACACAAUCACACCUCCUCUUCCAUGAUUCACGGUGGGAACCACACAUGCGGAGAUCAUCCAUUCACCUACUCUGCGUCUCACAAAGAUAUGCGGUUGGAACCAAAAAUCUCAAAUUUGGACUCAUCAGACAAAGGACAGAUUUCCACCGGUCUUAUGUCCAUUGCUCGUGUUUCUUGGCCCAAGCAAGUCUCUUCUUCUUAUUGGUGUCCUUUAGUAGUGGUUUCUUUGCAGCAAUUCGACCAUGAAGGCCUGAUUCACGCAGUCUCUUCUGAACAGUUGAUGUGUCAGGCAAAGGGUGUCUGUUACUUGAACUCUGUGAAGCAUUUAUUUGGGCUGCAAAAUCUGAGGCUGGUAACUCUAACGAACUUAUCCUCUGCAGCAGAGGUAACUCUGGGUCUUCCUUUCCUGUGGCGGUCCUCAUGAGAGCCAGUUUCAUCAUAGUGCUUGAUGGUUUUUGCAACUGCACUUGAAGAAACUUUCAAAGUUCUUGAGAUUUUCCGUAUUGACUGACCUUCAUGUCUUAAAGUAAUGAUGGACUGUCAUUUCUCUUUGAUUAUUUGAGCAGUUUUUGCCAUAAAAUUAUAAAUAAAUAAAUAUAAAUAAUAUGCCAUUUAGCAGACGCUUUUAUCCAAAGCGACUUACAGUCAUGCGUGCAUACAUUUUUGUGUAUGGGUGGUCCCGGGGAUCGAACCCACUACCUUGGCGUUACAAGCGCCGUGCUCUACCAGCUGAGCAACAGAGGACCACAAAUUGACUUGGUCUUUAACCAAAUAGGGCUAUCUUCUGUAUACCACCCCUACCUUGUCACAACACAACUGAUUGGCUCAAAUGCAUUAAGAAGGAAAUAAAUUCCACAAAUUAACUUUUAAGAAGGCACACCUGUUAAUUGAAAUGCAUUCCAGGUGACUACAUCAUGAAGCUGGUUGAGAGAAUGCCAAGAGUGUGCAAAGCUGUCAUCAAGGCAAAGGGUGGCUACUUUGAAGAAUAUAAAAUAUAAAAUACAUUUUGAUUUGUUUGACACUUUUUUGGUUACUAUAUGAUUCCAUAUGUGUUAUUUUAUAGUUUUGAUGUCUUCACUAUUAUUCUACAAUGUAGAAAAUAGUAAAAAUAAAGAAACACACUUGAAUGAGUAGGUGUGUCCAAACUUUUGACUGGUAGUGUAUGAGGGAAGACUCUGACAGACUGUCUUGGUAUAUGCCCCUUCAUUGUAUUGAGUUAUUGGUUCAGGGAGUUAUGAAAUUGGGUUAUAGGGUUGCGCUAAAGUGUUACAAAACACUACAACAAUGACCCAAGCUCACUAUUUGGCAAGCGCCAAAACAAAUACAUUUCACACAGUGAAUGAUCCUAUAACGUCAGGUAACGUUCCGAUUGAGUCCUAAUUGAGUCCAAUGGUUUCCAGCUAACGUUAGCAUGACAACGUCCCUGACAUAUUUUUUAAAUGUCCCCAGAAAACAGUAUUAAUAAGCAUUAGUAGAAGGACAUGCUGUAAUGGUUAUAAGAACGUUUGGGGAAAUUAUCCAAUUAUGUUUGUUUUUUACAUUUAUAGAAUGUGUUAACUAAACGUUCAUGGUGAAAUCGCUAUAGCCAUGUGAUGGGGACAUCCAUGGGAACCUUGGUUAAAACCAUGUCAAACCAUCAACAUUAUCAAAAUGUCCCCACUAAAGUUUUAAAUAAAUCACAGACAGUGUCACCAGGGUUGUAGUGGUAUUUGUGCUUGCUCAAACAUGGGGUAGUGUUGGGUCAUAGCAUUGAGUUGAGGGAUAACAUGGUCAGAAUGGGGUUGGAGUUAAAGCUAGAUUCCUUAAUUGAAACAAUAACAAAGCGUUACCCCGCCUCUGUUUCGCUAACCUUAAUCUCAGUCUCCUAAUCUGCCACGUUAACUAUCCUAACCUGCUUUGUAAAUUCUUCUAACCUGCUACAAAAAAGUCACUUCCGGUUGUAGUUGUACUCCCCCUAGUCAGAACCCAAAUUCAUAGACAGAGCUAUGGAUGCAAGGACUGACCAUCUAUGAUAUCACAAUUAUAGUUUUGAUCAUGUUUUGAGGCUAUACAGUGUUUGUUUACAUUUAUAUUGUUUCCAUUGUUUCUACACCUUGAUUGGAGUCCACCUGUGGUAAAUUCAAUUGAUUGGACAUGAUUUGGAAAGGCACACACCUGUCUAUAUAACAUCACACAGUUGACAGUGCAUGUCAGAGCAAAAAUCAAGCCAUGAGGUCGAAGGAAUUAUCCGUAGAGCUCCGAGACAGGAUUGUGUCGAGGCACAGAUCUUGAGACACGUACGGAAAAAUGUCUGCAGCAUUGAAGGUCCCCAAGAACACAGUGGCCUCCAUCAUUCUUAAAUGGUAGAAGUUUGGAACCACCAAGACUCUUCCUAGAGCUGGCCGCCCGGCCAAACUGACCAAUCGGGGGAGAAGGGCCUUGGUCAAGGAGGUGACCAAGAACCCGAUGGUCACUCUGACAGAGCUCCAGAGUUCCUCUGUGGAGAUGGGAGAACCUUCCAGAAGGACAACCAUCUCUGCAGCACUCCACCAAUCAGGCUUUUAUAGUAGAGUGGCCAGACUGAAGCUCCUCCUCAGUAUAAGGCACAUGACAGUCGCUUGGAGUUUGCCAAAAGCCACCUAAAGACUCUCGGACCAUGAGAAACCAGAUUCUCUGAUCUGAUGAAACCAAGAUUGAACUCUUUGGCCUGAAUGCCAAGCGUCACGUCUGGAGGAAACCUGGCACCAUCCCUACGGUGAAGCAUGGUGGUGGCAGCAUCAUGCUGUGGGGAUGUUUUUCAGCGGCAGGGACUGGGAGACUAGUCAGGAUGGAGGCAAAGAUGAACGGAGCAAAGUACAGAGAGAUCCUUGAUGAAAACCUGCUCCAGAGCACUCAGGACCUCAGACUGGGGCGAACGUUCACCUUCCAACAGGACAACGACCCUAAGCACACAGCCAAGACAACGCAGGACAAGUCUCUGAAUGUCCUUGAGUGGCCCAGCCAGAGCCCAUUUUGAACCCAAUCGAACAUCUCUGGAGAGACCUGAAAAUAGCUGUGCAGCGACAUCCCCAUCCAACCUGACAGAGCUUGAGAGGAUCUGCAGAGAAGAAUGGGUGAAACUCCCCAAAUACAGGUGUGCCAAGCUUGUAGCGUCAUACCCAAGAAGACUCGAGGCUGUAAUCACUGCCAAAGGUGUUUCAACAAAGUACUGAGUAAAGGGUCUGAAUACUUAUGUAAAUGUGAUAUUUCAGUAAAAGAAAACAUUUUACAUUUGCUAAAAUUUCUAAAAACUAUUUUUUUCUUUGUCAUUAUGGGUUAUUGUGUGUAGAUUGAUGAUGGAAAAAAACAAUUUAAUCAAUUUUAGAAUAAGGCUGUAACGUAACAAAAUGUGGAAAAAGUCAAGGGGUCUGAAUUCUUUCCGAAGUUAUAUUCUUCAAGAAACAACGGGUAAACAUAAAUAAUUUAUAAGUCCAAAAAUUGAUGUAGCAACUAAGGAUUCUAGCUUUAAUGUCUGGUUGUUUCAAUGGGUGGACAAGUUUACUUGAUUAUUCUAGGAUAUGUCUGUCAUUUGACUUGCAUACUGUAUACCUCCUCUGGUCCCCUCAUUUCUCGCUCUGUUCUCAUUUUGUAUUUUCUAUUGGUCUGCCAGAUGCUUUUCAACAUUAUGUCCAAAGUCCUUCUGAGUUUGUACCAUGAUAAUGCACUGUGUAAAGCCACUGGCCACCCCAACUAGAACUCUACUCUGGUUGACACAUGGUUGACCCUGACUUGACCCCUGGCACUUGGUGACAGCUCUUUCUUCUGACAGCUCUUCUUCUUCGGGCGAGUCAGGGGACGAGAAUUCUCUGUCAGAGGGGGAGAUGGCUUCUCUUAAGGAGGAGGUAGAUGAGAAGAAGAAGCUGAUAGCCACUCUCAGGAACAAACCGUGGCGCAUGAAGAGGAGGCUCAAACUCCUCAAGUAAUUUCAUAUUACAUGUGCAUUCCUCUGACGAUUUCCCAUUGGCUGAUUGUCUUCAUGACUCAUAGGGACUUGCUCUUGCUGUGCUGUUUUUCUCUUUUCUAUACUACUUUAUACCGUCACUUCCCACUGGGCACAGAUGUCAAUUCAACGUCUAUUCCAUGUUGGUUCAAUGUAAUUUUAUUGAAAUGACGUGUAAACAACGUUGAUUCAACCAGUGUGUGCCCAGUGUGUUAUGUAUCAUCUUAUUUGUGAUGUUAUCUUUUUGUUUGUUUAAUUUAAUUAAAGCAUAAUUGUGUCUGAUGCUACAUUGCCUGAUACAUUUUCCUAUUUUUUGAGUGUGUGUGAAAUCCUUUAAACUACUUUGUGGAACGACAAAGUAGUUAGAUUGUCCAUCACCCUUUGAACUAUUUAGGAGUUUCGGGAAUUGGCUUUGCUAAUUGAUGUUCUUUGAAUUAUUUUAUUUUUUGACAGUUUCUCACUUGUGUCUCCACAAUGAGAGUGUAUCUCCACUGACCAGUAUUUAUCUGUCAUUCACUCUUAAAAGGGUUCUACCCAGAACCAUUCAAAGUUCUUCAGUUUUUCCCAGUAGAAGAUCCCUUUUAUGGUUCCAGGUAGAUCCUUUUAACUUAACACAAAACACUUUAAAACUUGUUUUUUUCAAACAGUGUUGGGUUACAUUUAAAACAAACAAGGCCUGCUGGACUUGUGCCCUCUGGGACCUGUGUUGUAGAAACACUGUAUUCCAUCCAGUGUCAUGAGCUGGCAGUCACUUACAGGUCAGGACACAAGCACUGGUACAGUAUUAAGACAGAUGAGACGCCUUGACUUUUUCAUGAGCUCAACACUGUCUAAUGCAUGCAGUUGUAGCUGCCUGCAGCUUGCCAAUCCCCUCUCAUCACUGGUCUUUCCAGGUUGAUUAUCUUUCAUCACAUGCCCUCCUCCACAUUUACCUGACUAGUAAUUUACAGUCUUGAUUAAUUGAUUGGUUGUUUUCUCAUCUACUUAAUUUAAUCAUGACUAAUUCACCCAUUUAAAAUUUGAAAAGUUGAUUCAUUGGUUGGCGGUUCAUCAAACCAGUGAUUUAUAUGUUUUUUUUGUUGGUUGACGGGUCAUCCUUUUUUAUGGGUUGGAAUUGUAGGGAAUGCCAGGCGUUUGUGGAGAGGUUUGAGGGGGCUCUAGGAAAGGGCAAAGGGAGGAAGCUCUAUGCCUACAAAGUCAUGAUGGCUAAGGUAACUUUUCCUAGUCCAAGUGUUAACUUUACAACAAAGUUCACACUCUCGAAGAUUAGUUAUGUGCUAUUGAAUCAUUAUGAAUACUUCACGCAAUUAUGCAUUUAUAUACAUUUAGACUUAAGUUAUAAGGCGCAUUAAAUACUACUUUUAAUCAUAAGUGCAUCAUUAGCUUAAUGAUUUGUCAUUUCCAUAAUGUCAUUAGCAUAAUGUUUGUUGCCCUCAUCAGUUACAACCUGAUAUGUUAGUCAGAAACUAUACUUCUGUGAUAAAAAUAUUCUUUCAUAACCUUUUUUUUCUUCUUCAGAAAAUGAUCAAGUUCAACCGUGACUUUGACAAUUUCAAAACAGCCUGUAUUCCGUGGGAAAGAAAGAUAAAAGAGGUUGAGAGUGGGUACCGUUAUUUAAAGCUAUUUGAGUUACUGUCUUGUUCAUGUCAAGUAGUUUUAUCUAUUCAUCAUGUAAUUUUAACCCUCAGGUCACUUUGGGUCAUCUGUGGCUUCCUACUUCAUCUUCUUGCGGUGGAUGUACGGUCUAAACCUGGUCCUGUUUGCGUUCAUGUUUGGUCUUGUGGUUCUCCCAGAGGUGAGCAGCUUUUACCUUAACCAGAGUCCAUUGUUUUGCAAUAUUUUUGCAGUACAUUUGGUCAGCAUAUGGAGAGAUAUCGAAGGAGGACUCACUGUCUCAUUCUCCCAAUCUUAUCCCCACUUCCCUCUCUUUUUGUCUCUCUUUUCCUACUGUCCGGAGGUGAUGAUGGGUCUUCCGUAUGGGUCUAUUCCCAGAAAAACUGUUCCCAGAGCGGAGCAGGACAGAGCCAUGGACAUCUCUGUCCUCCUUGAUUUUGGUGUGAGGAUCUUGGAGUGACUUACUACUUCCUUUGGAGUGACACACUUCCUUCCAAACAAUUGCCUUGUGAUGUUACAUUUAGAAACCUUGUUUGGACUUAAACUACUUUAAGUUCAGGUUUAUUUCACAUGAUUACACGUAUGAAAAAACAUACAUAAAAUGUGAAAAUAGGAUUUUAAGACAUAAGGUGUCAUACAUGUUCAUGAAUAGCUGCAUCAUAAUGCAUUGUAAUUGCAGGCUUUAAGUUAAGUGUUACACAUUUUCAGUAUUACUACAUGGCAUUUAGCAGAUGUUUUUAGCUAAAGCAACUUACAGUCAUACAUUUUACGUAGUAGUGGUCCUGGGAAUUUAACCCACUACCCUGGCGUAACAAGCACCAUGUUAUACCAACUGAGCUACAAUGGGCCAUGUCAGGAUAACUGCCAAGACCCUGCCCAGUCUUAAUGUUAGUUAAGGCAGUUGCGGCCUGGGCAUUGCUAUCUUAUCUCAGUGCCAGUAACAUCGACUGAAAACAGGCAGCAAUGAAAAGUAAGUGGAGGAAGUUGUCCAAAUGAACACAACUCUGUAUUUUACUAUUUUCUGAUGGAGCCUUGAUAAAUGAUCCAGUGGGUUGGUUUUGCAGGCAGUUUGGUUGGUUGUGUUCUCCCUGUAUUUCAGAUCUCUGUUGGCUGGUAAUGACAGAGGUGUUGCUGAUUCGAAUAUUAAACGCAGACAAUGUUAUGCCCAGCAGUUGAUGAAAGGAAUCCAAUCAUAUCCACCACACAAUAGCAGAGUCCUGCCAACUAUACAUAGACCAGUGUAUAACCAUCUGAUCCUGCCAUUCUUUGAUUGGGUUGUCGUAUGCCUAUGUGCUUGGUUUGCUUGUGUGUAUGUGCGCAGGGCUGGCCCUAGGCAUAACAACCUGUCACUAUCAUUUUAGCCUACAUCAGCUUUCUUUGAGAUGAAUUGCUUUCAUAUAAACAUUAUUAUUUUUGUUAAUUUCAACAGGGUUACUGCAAGUACUCUAUUCUCUUCUAUGGUUUCUAUAAUGACGAGCGCACCAUCGGAGUCCUCCAGUUCAGACUGCCACUGUCCUACCUACUAGUUGGUGUAGGCAUCUUUGGCUACAGCCUGAUGGUGGUCAUUAGAACGUGGGUAAAACACACACACACGAACACACACAUGAACACACACAUGUGCACACAGUAAAUAUAUACUAAUCCACAUACACACACCGCAUCUAAAAUAUUGAUGCCAGCAACCCUCCCAUUGCCAGCUCACUCCCUCUGCAUUUUUCCAGUCAGCACUCGGAUUCGAACGGCAACCCUCCAGUUACUUGCCCACAUCUCUAAAAUCAAGCCCCCCCAGUACAGUGUAUAUCACACCCAUCUUCUGUGUUCCUCAGGAUGGCCCGUAACUCAGACGAGGGAGGAGACGGUGGGGACGACGGACAGUUCACCUUCGCCUUUAAGAUGUUCACCAGCUGGGAUUACCUCAUCGGCAACCCUGAGACAGCCGACAACAAGUAUGCCUCCAUCACCACCAGCUUUAAGGUAAACACAGCAGAAGCUAACUCUAAAAUGACCACUUUUAUCAUUCUUUUCUGAAAGAUGACUUGUGAUACAAAUGUAAAAAUCAUGUCAAACAUCUUCCUCGCAUUGAAGUUUAUAUGUGAAAAUUGCCAAAACAAUCUGAGAUACCUAAAAUAUUUUUGGCCUGUCCUGGCGUGGAAUCGCCCCUUAUCAUUGUUCUGCAAAUAUCCAUUCUCCUGCUCUUAUCUUCAAUCUCCCAAGAAUCAUAUGCACGUAAAAAGGUACUACACGUAUGAGCCUACACGCUUACUAUCUUCAAACACAGUAUCCUCUGUGUUUCUCACUGACCGGACUGUUCUUGGUAGGAAUCCAUAGUAGACGAACAGGAGAACCAGAAGGAUGAGAACAUCCACUUGCGGAGGUUCCUGCGGGUUCUAGCCAACCUUUUCAUCAUCUGCAGCCUGGGGGGCAGCGGCUUCCUCAUCUAUUUUGUGGUCAAGAGGUCUCAGGAGUUUGCCAACCUAGAUCAGGAUGAGCUCUCCUGGUUUGAAAAGAAUGAGGCAGGUUCAAUUGUUUUGAUCAGAUACAGUGCCUUGCAAAAGUAUAAAGUAUUCAGCCCAUUUGUUCAGGCAAGUCUAAAUUAGUUCAGGAGCAAAAUUUGGCUUAACAAAUUAACAUAAGUUACUUGGACUCAUACUGUGUGACAUAAUAGGGGUUGAUAGGGUUUUUGAAUGACUAACCUUUCCUCUGUCCCCCAUAAAUACAACAUCUGUAAGGUCCCUCAGUCAAGUAUUGAAUUUCAAUCACAGAUUCAACUACAAAGACCAGGGAGCUUUUCUGAAACCCUCAUAAAGAAGGGCAAUGAUUGGUAGAUGGGUAACAAUAACAAAUCAGACAUUAAAUAUAUUUUUAAGCAUGGUCAAUUUAAUAAUUAUGCUGUGGAUUAUGUAAUAAACCAUCCAGACACAUCAAAGAUACAGUCGUCCUUCUGAACUGAGCUGCUUGACAGGAAUAAAAAUGCUCAAGGAUGUUACCAUGAGGCCAUUGGUGAUUUUAAAGAAGAUACAGAGUUCAAUGGCUGUGAUCAGAGAACUCCACAACAAUGACCUAAAUGAGUGAAAAGAAGAAUACAAAUAUUCCAAAACAUGCAUCUUGAAUGCAACAAGGCACUAAAGUAAUACUGCAAAAUAACAUAGCAAAGGAAUACACUUUUUGGCAUAAAUGCAAAUCCAACACAACACAUCACUGAGUAACUGCCUCCUUAAUUUCAAGUAUGGCGGUGGCUGCAUUAUGGUAUGGGUAUACUUGACAUCAGCAAAUACUGGGGAGUUUUUCAGGAAAACAAUAAAUACGGUGGAGCUAAGCACAGGAUUUUUUUCCCCACUUUGACAUUACAGAGUAUUUAGUGUAGAUUGUUGACAAAAAAAUUACAAUCCAUUUUUAUCCCACUUUGUAACACAAUAAAAUGUGAAGAAAUCCAAGGGGUCUGAAUACUUUUGCAAGGCACUGUACAUGCUGUGUUAUGGUUCAUCUAGUCAAAUGGAGUGAGCCAGAAAUGUACAUUUUGUGGUGGUCCUGUUUUCUUCAGUCUUAGAAAAAAAGGUGCUAUCUAGAACCGAUAGGUGAACCCUUUGAAUAACCCUUUUUGGUUCGAGGUAGAACCCUUUUGGGUCCCAUGUAGAACCCUUUCCCAGAGGGUUCUACAUGGAACCCAAGAGGGUUAUACCUGAAAUCAAAAAGGGUUCUACAUGGAACCAAAAAGGGUUCAACUAUGGGAACAGAUGAAAAACCUUUUGGAACCCUUUUUUCUAAAAGUGUAAUUAUAAAAUGUAUGCAAAAUAUAUCAUACCAUAAAGGGUAACACUUCUUUUUAUGGGGUCCUUAUUACAGUGUAAUUACAUGUGUAAUUACACAAAAAAGUAUUGUAGUUACUUGUAAUAAAUCAAAGUUACAUUCCAAUAAAAAAAUUUAACUGGUGGUAAAUGCUGUCUGUAAUUACAGACGUGUAACAUCAAAUGCUUGUUACCGUGCUUGUUUACAAAUGUGCAAGUUUCCACUAAAUUCACCAAUUUCAUGUUUUUCUUCUUCUCAGCUGCAUCCGAUUCUAGGUGUUACACAGGAUUUAGCUAGUUAAAAUGAAGUGAAUCUUGAGGGGUACUUAUUGUAAUGAAUACGUAUAUAGUACAUUAACCAUCCUGACAACCUGGCCGUUAUUUUAAGGCUUCCGGAAGUGCCAUCCAAGUGGGAGGAUAAACACAUUAGUACAUCACAGAGUACAUGUAAUAUGUGACCGACCUGGAUUGUUUCGGUCUUAUGUAGCAAAAUUUGAAAUGGAGUUUUUUACAUUGGAUAGAUAGUAGAGACUCAGAGAUAGAAAAUGGUAUAGCAUACACUACAGCUGAGGAACAAUGUGAAAGUAAUUCUGUUUUGAAAGUUGACAAACUUGUAACCCCACUUUUGUAAAAAUGACUCUUGUCGUUGUCGUUAUGAAAAACUAUAAACACAAAAACGACAGGUUGCAUGACAUCAGCAGCCUGGUGGUCAAAAAUAGCAUAACUGAUGUAUAUUAACACCAAUAAACCCAUCUGUUUUAAAAUGAAUAUAGUAUAUGUCAAUCUAGCAAACCAGGCAACUAAAAGCACAUUUCUAAAAAAUGUUUUGGUUCAUUUCUAGCUUGUUAAUUAGCUAGCUAACAUUAAGUUAGCUGGCUAGCUAGUUCAAAUAAUGGCCAUAUCAUAUAUCUAACAACAAACCUGCCAAGAGAGGGCCGCCCACCAAAACUCACGAACCAGGCAAGGAGGGCAUUAAUCAGAGAAGCAACAAAGAGACCAAAGAUAACCCUGAAGGUGCUUCAAUGCUCCACUGCGGAGAUUGGAGUAUCUGUCCAUAGGACCACUUUAAGCCAAACACUCCACAGAGCUGGGUUUUACGGAAGAGUGGCCAGAAAAAAAGCCAUUGCUUAUGAAUAAAAUAAGCAAACACGUUUGGUGUUUGCCAAAAGCAAUGUGGGAGACUCCCCAAACAUAUGGAAGAAGGGGCUCUGGUCAGAUGAGACUAAAAUUGAGCUUUUUGGCCAUCAAGGAAAGCGCUAUGUCUGGCGCAAACCUAACACCUCUCAUCACACCGAGAACACCAUCCCCACAGUGAAGUGUGGUGGUGGCAGCAUCAUGCUGUGGGGAUGUUUUUCAUUGGCAGGGACUGGGAAACUGGUCAUAAUUGAAGGAAGUAUGGAUGGUGCUAAAUACAGGGAAAUUCUUGAGGGAAACCUCUUUCAGUCUUCCAGAGAUUUGAGACUGGGAUGGAGGUUCACCUUCCAGCAGGACAAUGACCCUAAGCAUACUGCUAAAGCAACACUUGAGUUGUUUAAGGGGAAAUAUUGAAAUGUCUUGGAAUGGCAUAGUCAAAGCCCAGACCUCAAUCCAAUUGAGAAUCUGUGGUAUGACUUAAAGAUUGCUGUACACCAGCGGAACCCAUCCAACUUGCCUUGAAGAAUGGGCAAAAAUCCCAGUGGCUAGCUGUGCCAAGCUUAUAGAGACAUACCCCAAGAUUCUUGCAGCUGUAAUUGCUGCAAAAGGUGGCUCUACAAAGUAUUGACUUUGGGGGGGGUGAAUAGUUAUGCACGCUCAAGUUUUCAGUUUUUUUGUCUUAUUUCUUGUUUGUUUCACAAUGAAUUUUUUUUUGCAUCUUCAAAGUGGUAGGCAUUUUGUGUAACAAAAUAGGAAAAAUGCCAAGGGGGGUGAAUACUUUCGCAAGCCACUGUAGCUAGCUAGCUAGUUAAAUAAUGUACCAAAAUCCCAACUCAUAACGUUACUACCCUGCAUGAAUCUGCUGGUAUCUAAAGCUAACCAACUAGCUAGGUUAAUUGUUAGCUAGCUAUGUUAUAGGCAGAAUCGGGCUACAUGUCAGCCCAUCUGUUAUCUCAGCCAAUCAUGGCAAGCGGGAAGGUUCCUGUCUUUUUCUGUGGUUAAAUCAACUAGGCUCAUAUUUAACAAUUGUAUUCGUAUUUACAGAUGGCAUACACGUUUGUUAUUAAGGCACAUGAAAGUUCACAUGUUCCAGAAGGUAGUUCUGCCCAAAAAGGAAUUUUGAUUAAAAAGUAAAGUAGUGACGCACGUAUUUUCCUGAAACGAGUCACAUAUCUGCCUAAGUACAAUGUAAUUAAUAGGUGUUACACAGGAUUUAGCUAGUUAAAAUGAAGUGUAUCUUCAGGGGUACAUACUUGUAAUUAUUGUGUACAUACAUAGUAUGUUACCUACAUACAUAACCGGUCAAAAGUUUUAGAACACCUACUCAUGCAAGUUUUAUUUUAUUUUUAUUUUUACUAUUUUCUACAUUGUAGAAUAAUAGUGAAGACAUCAAAAUGAUGAAAUAACACAUAUGGAAUCAUGUAGUAACCAAAAAAGUUUUUAAAAAAUCAAAAUAUGUUUUUUAUUUGAGAUUCUUCUAAUAGCCACCCUUUGCCUUGAUGACAGCUUUGCAAACUCUUGGCAUUCUCUCAACUAGCUUCACCUGGAAUGCUUCUCCAUCAGUCUUGAAGGAGUUCCCACAUAUGCUGAGCACUUGUUGGCUGCUUUUCCUUCACUCUGUGGUCUGACUCAUCCCAAACCAUCUCAAUUUGGUUGAGGUCAGGGGAUUGUGGAGGCCUGGUCAUCUGAUGCAGCACACCAUCACUCUAAAACUUUUGACCGGUAGUGUAUAUAAUUACUAUGAGAAAAUGACUUUCUACUUUAGUCUAUUCUGUAGAUUGUAACUAAGCUACCUAGCUAGCCUAGUUGGUAACAUUUGCUAGCUAGCUUUCUAGCUAGUUCUUGGUAUUCUGCUGGACGAUUUAGGUAGCUAGUUUUCCAGCUAACUAGCCUAGCUAAUUACCUAUACUAAAUCGUCCAGCACAAUUUCUGUAUCCAAAAAGCUAAACAAACAUGGAAAACCUACCUUCCCUCUCCUGUGUGGAUGUUUUUAUCUCGUUUACAAUACUUUGUUUCGUUCGUGCCAAUCUCUUAUGUCUGGAUUUUGCACACAAUCUUCUUCUUAAUCCAGGUUCUUUGCGCACAGUUAUUACUAUGGCGUCCGUGUCAACACAAAUUGUGGGUACGUUCGAGGUCGUCGUUAUUUCGAGCUCAUUGCGCAGAUGGGCAGAUCAUGACAUAAUGCCUUAAUUCCUGGGAUAAAUAAAUAAGUGCACAAAUGCAUCCUGUUCAAAAGUUUGAAUGUUCUUCAACCGUGAAACCCUUGCAAGGUUACAUGAUGAAAUAAGCUUUUGUCAUAUGACAAUUUUAAGUGUAUUUAUAAACCAUUAUUCAACCAAGCUUAAUUGACACUUGGCUAAACCCCUCCCCCCUUGGUUACAGUUGCAACCUCGGACAACAUUUUCCCGGGAAGCCCAAUUCACCACUCAAACCGCUUGCCAAAUCCCUUCAGAAUUAUCUCAAACUGUGUUUUUAAUACACAAUGAAAUUAAACACAGACUACCCCUUGCUAAUCGGGAGACACUCGGGUAUGUUGUGGUGGACUGUCAUUACAAUUGCUUCACGGGAACCUGGUAAUAUUAUGUUUGUAGUGUGGCUAGCCACUGAAUGGCUCUGAAUUCACUGUCAGCAAGCAGUCAAAGCUACUAACCACUUUUGGAGCAAACAAGUGCUCUCAAAUCGUAUCCUGAUGUCAACAACAGAUGGGAGUUGUAUUUACAACAUGGGUAACUUCAAAUCAAAUCAUGUUGAGAAAAAAAAAGGUGGCUAGCUGGCUAGCUAGCAUUAGCAACGUUUGGUGGUCAAUGAAACAGGUUGAGAGCUUCAAGUUCCUUAGUGUCCACAUCACCAACAAACUAUCAUGGUCCAAACACACAAAGACAGUCGUGAAGAGGGCACGACAAAGCCUAUUCCCCCUCAGGAGACUGAAAAGAUUUGGCAUGGGUCCUCAGAUCCUCAAAAAGUUCUACACCUUCACCAUCGAGAGCAUCCUGACUGGUUGCAUCACCACCUGGUAUGGCAACUGCUCGGCCUCCGACCGCAAGACACUACAGAGGGUAGUGCGUACAGCCCAGUACAUCACUGGGGCCAAGCUUCCUGCCAUCCAGGAACUCUAUACCAGGCGGUGUCAGAGAAAGGCCCUCAAAAUUGUCAAAGACUCCAGCCACCCUUGUCAUAGACUGUUCUCUCUGCUACCGCACGGCAAGCGGUACCGGAGCGCCAAGUCUUGGUCCAAAAGGCUUCUCAACAGCUUCUACCCCCAAGCCAUAAGACUCCUGAACAGCUAAUCAUGGCUACCCGGACUAUUUGUACCACCCCAUCUUUUUACGCUGCUGCUACUCUGUUAAUUAUUUAUGCAUAGUCACUUUAACUCUACCCACAUGUACAUAUUACCUCAACUACCUCAACUAGCCGGUGCCCCCGCACAUUGACUCUGCACCGGUACCCCCCUGUAUAUAGCCUCCCUACUGUUAUUUUAUUUUACUUCUGCUCUUUUUUCUCAACACUUUUUUGUUGUUGUUGUUUUAUUUUACUUUUUUAUCAUUAGAAAUAAAUGCAUUGUUGGUUAAGGGCUGUAAGUAAGCAUUUCACGGUAAUGUCUACACCUGUUGUAUUCGGCGCAUGUGGCAAAUACAAUUUGAUUUGAUUUGAAUGAGACUGAGAGCUAGCUGAGCUAGCAAACAAUAUAACAAAAGUAUAAUUUUGGAUAAAAAGAUACUUCAUCAGCAGUCUCGGCAUUUCAGGAAUCACAGUAGCAAGUACCCCUGGUGAAAGGUAAAAUGAUUUAGCCAUUUAAACACAUUUUAAAAAAUGAAAACUCUCAGUUUUUGCCAUUGUGCUCAUUGGCUUUUGAAAUGUGAGCUUGUCUGAGGUGUUGGACUCGACGACAGUUGCUAUCCAUUGGAGCGCUGCGAUUGCUAUCAAAAAUUCUGGGGCGGGGCUUAGUGAAGGGUCAUUAGGCUUACAUUUUGGCAAGCACUGAAUGACUCUCACAAUUUAAACCAUAACUGUUUAUUAAUGUGUUAAAUUUUUUUGAUUGGUGGUUAAUAAAGUAAUUCACCCAUUGCCAAGCCCCGUCCUCAUUAGCUACUGUUGCUAUUGUCACGAUCGUCUAAUGAGGGAGACCAAGGCGCAGCGUUGCGAGCGAACAUAUUUACUUUAAUAGUUAAAGCACCACACUCAAAAAUACAAAACAAUAAACAACGAAUGCGUGACGUCUAUGGUCCAACACGAAACCACACGAACAAAAUCCCACAACCCGAAAGAAAAACAGACAGAUUAAAUAUGGCUCCCAAUCAGAGACAAACAGCCGACAGCUGACACUCGUUUGCCUCUGAUUGGGAGUCACACCGGCAAACAUAGAAAAUUGACAACCUAGAACACCCACCAGAGAAACAGAAAACAUAGAAUGAACACACCCUGGCUCAACAUAUUGAGUCCCCGAGCCAGGGUGUGACAGUACCCCCCCCUAAAGGCGCGGACUGCGACCGCGCCUAAAUACGAGCAAAAACAGGGGAGGGCUGGGUGGGCAUUCCUCGGCGGCGGCUCCGGCUCUGGGCUAGAUCCCCACUUCCUCUCCAACUCCCCAAAGUACCCCUGGUCCUGUCUAGCCCCGCUGGCCGGAGCCGGACUGACGACACGCGCCCCUGGCCUGGUGCGUGGAACAGGAACGGACCGGACCGGGCUGACGAUACACACCCCUGGCUUGGUGCGUGGAGCAGGAAUGGACCGGAAUGGGCUGGCGACGCGCACCACAGACUUGGUGCGGAGAGCAGGAACGAGCCGGACAGGGCUGACGACUCGCAUCCCUGGCUUGGUGCGAGUAGCAGGAACGGGCUGGACCAGGCUGACGACUCGUACCCCUGGCUUGGUGCGAGUAGCAGGAACGGGCUGAACCAGGCUGACGACUCGCACCCCUGGCUUGGUGCGAGUAGCAGGAACGGGCUGAACCAGGCUGACGACUCGCACCCCUGGCUUGGUGCGAGUAGCAGGAACGGGUUGGACCAGGCUGGCGACUCACACCCCUGGCUUGGUGCGAGUGGCAGGAACAGGCUGGACCAGGCUGGCGACUCGCACCCCUGGCUUGGUGCGAGUGGCAGGAACAGGCUGGACCAGGCUGGCGACUCGCACCCCUGGUUUGGUGCGAGUGGCAGGAACAGGCCGGGUCGGGCUGGCGACGCACACCGUAGGCUUUGUGCGUGGAGCAGGGACAGGCCGGGCUGGGCUGGCGACGCACCCCGUAGGCUUUGUGCGUGGAGCAGGGACAGGCCGGGCUGGGCUGGCGACGCACACCGUAGGCUUUGUGCGUGGAGCAGGGACAGGCCGGGCUGGGCUGGCGACGCACACCGUAGGCUUUGUGCGUGGAGCAGGAACAGGCCGGGCUGGGCUGGCGACGCACACCGUAGGCUUUGUGCGUGGAGCAGGAACAGGCCGGGCUGGGCUGGCGACGCACACUGUAGGCUUUGUGCGUGGAGCAGGAACAGGCCGGGCUGGGCUGGCGACGCACACCGUAGGCUUUAUGCGAGAAGCUUGGAUGGGCCGGACUGGGCUGGCGACGCGCACCACAGACUCGGUGCGGAGCGCAGGAACGGGCCGGGCUGGGCUGUCGACGCACACCGUAGGUUUGGUGCGGGGAGCAGGAAUAGACCGGACCGUACUGGGGACACACACCACUGGCUCUACACCGGGAUCUGGAACGGGCCGGACCGGACUGGCAACACACGCCAGUACCUCUCGCCGUGCCUCUACACCUUCCAUCCCCUCUUCUACCAGUGGCCCCCGUAACCUGGCGGCCUCCUCUGCAACCCCGCUGGACCGCUCCAUAGCGGCCUCCUGCUGCCCCGACGUCGUGAGCCCCCCCCACUCCUCCCCGUGGACCAGGCCUCCAACAUUCUCUCCCACCUCUCGCUCCUCUGUCUCCAACCCUCUUCACUCAGCUCCUCAAUGGGCUUGACCCAGUCGAAGCUGCCACGGAGAUCUAUUUGCGAUGGCUCCUGGACACGCUGCUUGGUCUGGUCUUGGUGGGAUUUUCUGUCAUGAUCGUCUAAUGAGGGAGACCAAGGCGCAGCGUUGCGAGCGAACAUAUUUACUUUAAUAGUUAAAGCACCACACUCAAAAAUACAAAACAAUAAACAACGAAUGCGUGACGUCUAUGGUCCAACACGAAACCACACGAACAAAAUCCCACAACCCGAAAGAAAAACAGACAGAUUAAAUAUGGCUCCCAAUCAGAGACAAACAGCCGACAGCUGACACUCGUUUGCCUCUGAUUGGGAGUCACACCGGCAAACAUAGAAAAUUGACAACCCAGAACACCCACCAGAGAAACAGAAAACAUAGAAUGAACACACCCUGGCUCAACAUAUUGAGUCCCCGAGCCAGGGUGUGACAGCUAUCCUAGUCAAAUGCACCAUUCAAUUAUUUAACAAUUUAAAAUAUUGUUUUAUGUAAACCCCCUGUUUUUGCCAUAGCGCUCAUAAGCUUCCAUGCAUUUCAAACGAGACCUGGGCCUGGGCAUCAGACUCCAGUGCCCUUUAUACUAGAGUUGUGUCAAUGAGGUGGUUGGUUUUCAAAUGGCUAACACUUAUAAGGGGUUUGUGCAGGCUGAAAAAUGUUGCGUUUGGAUGCUAUUGGAAAGUUGAAAAUGUGUAACAAGCAUGGUAACAAGCUUUUGUUGUUACACCUGUGUAAUUACAGACUGCAAUUACCACCAGAUACAUGUAGUUAGUAAAGUGUAACAAUGAAUUAUUAAAAUUAAUUACAAUACGUGUUACAGUGUAAUUACGUAUGUAAUUACACUGUAAUAAGGACCACUUAAAAUGAAGUGUUACCCUAUAAAGUGUUACCACGCUUCGGUUACACUUAUAACUUUAAUGAAUAAGCCAUUGAAAUGCUUAUACAUGUUUUAUAAAUGUUCAUAAAUAGUUUAUAAAUUAAAUGAUAUAGGCUAUGUUAUAAAUGUUAAUGAAUGUAAUGCUAAUAAAUGCUAAUAAAUCUUUACAAAUAAAUUAUUUUUUCAGCCUUCAUCCUGGUGAUUGGUUGUGUUUUGCCUUCCAGGUGGAGUUUGUGAUGUCACUGCUGGGGCUGGUGUGCCCCCCUCUCUUUGAGACCAUUGCUGAGCUGGAGGAGUACCACCCUCGUAUCGCCCUCAAGUGGCAGCUGGGCCGCAUCUUUGCCCUGUUCCUCGGGAACCUCUACACCUUUCUGUUUGCCCUUUUUGAUGAAGUCAACACAAAGGUACCAGACAGUAUGUCAGUGUCAUGUACCUGCAAAUGCAUAUUUGUGGGUUUAUUCAGCUGUAUAUAUAUAUAUAUAUAUAUGUGUGUGUGUGUGUGUGUGUGUGUGUGUGUGUGUGUGUGUGUGUGUGUGUGUGUGUGUGUGUGUGUGUGUGUGUGUGUGUGUGAAGGUGUGUUCAGUACAUAUUGUAUGCAUAUAUAUUUUACUUACUCACCUGAACCUGUCUUUGUGUGUUCACAUGUGUACAGUUGGAAAACGAGAAGUCUAUUAGGAAUGCCACUAUCUGGGGUCUGAAUGAGUACUAUGCCAACUACAGCUCCUACCACAACACUACUGACAUCCCUCCUCCAGACAUCCACCCUGCUGAUGUCAUCAGAGGGCCGUGCUGGGAGACCGCCGUUGGCAUAGUGAGGCUUACAUGCGUUCUUCCUCCGUUUUCCCUUUAUCACCGUCUUUUAUGUAGUUUUUCAUCCUGGUUUUUCCUCCACCUGACCUGAGCAGAAAAAAGUUCCCUUCAUUGUGCACCAGUGAUACGACUGAAGCUGUCUGUGACAUGCUGCGUGUUUCAUGUUUCGUUUCCUUUCUGUGCUGUAUCUCUAGGAGUUUGUGAAGCUCACCGUCUCUGACAUCCAGGUGACAUAUAUGACCAUCCUGAUUGGUGACUUCCUGCGAGCCAUGAUCGUGCGUUUCCUCAACUACUGCUGGUGCUGGGACCUGGAGGCUGGAUUUGUAUGUGCUAGGCUAUCAAAGCAGAACUCAGACAUUCUACUGUGUGUGUGUGUGUGUUCCCAUUUUAUUGUAAUCAUUUUUGGUAGCAUUACAUUUUUUACAUUUGAGUCAUUGAGCAGAUACUCUUAAUUAGGGUUAAGUGCCUUGCUCAAGGGCAUAUCGACAGAUUUUUCACAAGUCUGCCUGGGGAUUCAAACCAGCUAGGCUACCUGCCGCCUUUUACAUUACAGUAUGGGAGUGGUAAUAACGUGGUAAUAGUAUGGUAACAAGGUACAGUUACUCACUAUCAAUAAAAAAUUAUUCACAGUUACCCCUUCAUUUUUGUGUAAAUACAUAUGUAAAUAGUCAAUACUAGUGUUUUUCUUUGCUUAUUGUAAGUGUGAGUACAUUAUGUGUUUGUUCCAAGUAAACUUGAUACCACAUAGUUUUAAUUUCGGCAACACUAACUAUGACAGAAAAUAUUUGUCAACAACCAAUUUUUCCUUAUGAAAACUAUUGACGAUAACGAGACAAGAUGCCCUGAAAAAAAAAGAGAACUAUUACAAAUGACUUUUCAUUUUAGUUGACGACAAUGUAACGAGACGAGACUUCCAUGUGAGACUAAUGGACAUUCAAUUGCACAUGAAGCUCCUUUUGAUCUGUUUUGUCCAAUCAUAACCAUGUCUUUGCCGAAUAUAAUGCAAUCCUCUCAUUGGUCUUUCAGUUGCGCGGGCUGCAUGAGCUGAUCUGCCUGGCCCUCCUCCACACACAAAGCUACCAGGCAGUCACUUCAGUCAUUCAUCUCACCUUUGAACAGAUGCAGAUUGUAACUAACCUCAACUAGAAAAAAUGAUGUUUACUCUUUCUUACUUUCAUAUAGGCUAUUUUUGCUUUGAUCACAUCAGAAGCUCAAUUACUAUGUGCGCUUUUAUUAAUCUCUCGGCAAAUGAGAAUGCGGUUGCUUUUUCACUAUUGGAAAUGCUAAUGUUAUUUGCUGAAUAUUAGGAGUACAGUAAUAAUUCUGACAUUGUUGGAAAGCUUAGAUUCCCCAUUUUAAGGGAAUCACAAGGUUCUGAUGGAGAGAAAUUCCGAGCUGUAGGCCUAAAUUGUUUAACCUGUAGAAAAGGCUUUGUAGCCCAUACAGUAUGGUAAAUCAUGGCUGGCAUUGGUUAAAAUCUGCCACAAUAGCAAUGUUGCCAGCUAUAUGAGGGGAUAGUAGGCCUAGUUGGAAAAGGCUAUGUGCAUGUGAUGGAUAUUAGAGGUAAACAUGAAUUAUUUAAUGGAAAAAAAUUCAUAGAGUAAAAUGUAACUAAAAUGACUGUGACUAAAACUGGACUUAAAUUGUCCAGAGUUUUAGUCGACUGAUAAAACUACGAAGCAUUUAAGGACUAAAAUGGGACUAAGAAUAAAAGGUAUGGGCCCCGUGGAGCUCAGUUGGUAGAGCAUGGCGCUUGCAACGCCAGGGUUGUGGGUUCGAUUCCCAUGGGGGGCCUGUCAUUUUUUUUUUUUAAAUGAUGUAUGCACUCAUGUAAAUCGCUCUGGAUAAGAGCGUCUGCUAAAUGACUAAAAUGUAAAUGUAAAUGUAUUUUAGUCAAAAGACUAAGACUAAAACUAAAAUAGCUGACAAAAUGAACACUGAUACCACACAGUGACAUCCGGCAAGAUAGGUGAUCCUUCACAUAGUGUUAAGUUAAUUACUAUGGGAGUGAAAGAGGGAGAGAGAAUAGAAUGAAGUUUGCAUUAUUUAUCAUGAUUUGCAAUAUUUUUUGUACGUGAUUCUAGCCAUCUUAUGGAGAAUUUGACAUCAGCGGCAACGUGCUUGGAUUAAUCUUCAAUCAAGGAAUGAUUUGGUGAGUAAAUAUGAGACACCACAUAAACCAUCAACACAUUUCCACACACCCAGUAAGUUGUGUUUAUCUGCGAUAAGAGCCAUUUCUGUAUUUGUGUUUGUUCCAGGAUGGGUGCGUUCUAUGCCCCUGGCCUGGUAGGGUUGAAUGUCUUGCGUCUCCUCACCUCCAUGUACUACCAGUGCUGGGCCGUGAUGAGCUGUAACGUUCCCCAUGAGAGGGUCUUCAAGGCCUCCAAAUCCAACAACUUCUACAUGGGCCUCCUCCUCCUGGUGCUCUUCCUCAGCCUUCUGCCAGUGGUUUACACCAUAAUGACUCUGCCGCCCUCCUUCGACUGUGGCCCCUUCAGGUGUCUCUCAUGCACACACAUAUACACACACACACACACACACACUAGGCACACAUCUAAUGCUGAUCUCUUGUCUACCAGCGGAAGGGAGCAAAUGUAUAAUGUCGUCAUGGAGACUAUAGAAAACGACCUACCAUCAUUCAUUGGGAAUAUCUUCACCUACGCAACUAAUCCUGGGCUGAUCUUACCAGCAGUGCUGCUGAUGGUGUAUGCACACACACACACACACACACACACACACACACACACACACACACACACACACACACAUACACAUUACAGUAACACACGUGGUAAAAUAAACACGCUCAUCAUAACACAUGUCAUGUUUAAAACGGGUUAAAUAGACUUCUGUGAUCCUAUGGCAGGUUGGCCAUCUACUACCUGAAUGCGACCUCCAAAAACUAUCAAAAUGCCAACCUGGAACUGAAGAAGAAGAUGCAAAUGGUAAAUGAGCAUUAUCAACUAAACUGCAGUCUCUCAAGACUUCAAUUCUUUACUGUAAACAAUGUAAUGCUACUAAGUACUUGUUGGUCAAUGCAUUCACAUAAUGCUGAUGUGGUGACCGCAGCAACACCAACAGUAUUAUCUGCGUUGUGUUUAGGCUAGAGAUGAGGAGAAGAACCGGAGGAACAACAAGGAGAGCACCAACCAGGUGAUGCAGGACCUGGAGGACCUCCUGCCCAACCGUUCUCUGAUCACCCCUGCUGCUGCGGAGAAGCCCCCACCAGGUCAGUUCACACAGCCUACUCUACCUAACUAACUACCUAUCUACCUACCUACGGUCUCCACUCAGUGCCACCUAGUGGCUGGAUGUUUUUUGAGCGUUCACAAAAAACUGUGAACCCACUUAAUGAACAUAACUUAAGAAACAGUUUGUUUUGAGUGAAUUGUAUCAUAAUAUCACCCCUCAGUAGAGCUACAUGCAUAUAGCUGUGCACAUCCACUCCGUUUUUCAGACAACGUGCGCGAGAAGGGAAGCAAAUCUCCCAAGGUGGCAAAACGUCCAGGAGCAGCAGCCAAUGGCAAGGGGGUUAACCUUCAGAAGGAUGUUUCAUUGGCUGCACCAAACCCCAAAGCGGCUGUGACCCAUCCCCCAGGCCCAAGGGGGCCGCCUGGAAACGCCAGAGGACCACCCCCAGGGCUGGCGAGGGGCAGAGGGAGGGGCGCACCUCCCCCUAGAUGC